AUGGCAACCAGUGUUUACACAUCAAGCUAUGGAAGUUCAUUUCUUCCAAAUUAUCUUGAAAGCCAUCAUCUCAAAACCCUAUCCAACAACAAAGUGAAACUAAAUGUCGCCAUGAAAAUGCAUGCAUCAUCCCUAGUUGCGAAAUCAUCUCUUGUGAAAGAAGAGCAAUUGGAAGACAAAACACCUUUUACUCUAGACAUUCUUUUUCCGAAAUUCCCAUUUGAAGAUUACAUGAGAUCAAAGGCAAUCCAAGUGAACAAAGCACUUGAUGAUGCCAUCCCGAUGAAGGACCCUAUCAAAAUCCAUGAAGCAAUGCGAUAUUCCCUCCUAGCCGGCGGCAAAAGAAUCCGGCCGAUACUAUGCAUUGCUUCUUGUGAGUUAGUCGGAGGGAAUGAGUCACAAGCCAUCCCAGUAGCUUGUGCAAUUGAAAUGAUCCACACAAUGUCACUCAUCCAUGAUGAUCUUCCAUGCAUGGAUAACGACGAUUUACGCCGAGGAAAGCCCACGAAUCACAAGGUUUAUGGUGAAAACACAGCUGUUUUGGCCGGUGAUGCACUUUUAUCACUAGCUUUUGAACAUGUUGCCACAAAAACUAGAAAUGUUUCACCAAACAGAGUUGUUAGAGCCAUAGCUGAAUUAGGCUCCUCGGUCGGCUCAGAUGGGCUUGUUGCCGGGCAGAUUGUGGACUUAUCAAGUGAGGGGAAAGAAAUAAACUUGGCUGAACUGGAAUAUAUUCAUAUCCACAAAACAUCCAAGCUUUUAGAAGCUGCAGUAGUUUGUGGAGCAAUUUUAGGUGGAGGGAGUCAUUCAGAAGUUGAUAGAAUGAGAAAUUAUGCAAGGUGUAUUGGAUUGUUGUUUCAGGUUGUGGAUGAUAUUCUUGAUGUUACAAAAUCAUCCCAACAACUGGGGAAAACAGCUGGGAAAGAUUUGGCAUCUGAUAAAGCUACUUAUCCUAAGCUAAUGGGGCUUCAAGGAGCAAGGAAAUUCGCUGAUGAAUUGGUGGCUAUGGCCAUUGAAGAGCUUAGCCACUUUGAUGCUGCAAAGAGUGCGCCUUUGUAUCAUUUGGCUAACUACAUUGCUUACCGGGAAAAUUAG